AUGCCAUUUCUUUGUUCUUGUCGUAUUUGUAAAAUAAAUUCUAAAGAUGGUAACGGAAAGUGGUUGUCUACUAGAAAAACUUUUAAAAAACAUCAAAAAAGAGAAAAAGCAAAUAUUGAAAAAAUUAAUGAAUCUGAAGCAGAAAGCGGAUCAGAAACAAAAAGCGAUAGUGAAUCAAUUUCAAGUUGUAACGCAGCUGAAAAAAGAAAGUUCGAAGACGAUGAAUCGGAUAAAUCAGAUACAAGUUCAGAAAGCAAUAUUUCUGUCUCUUAUACACAUCUAGAUGUGUAUAAGAGACAAAGUAAUUAUUCCCAAAACAAAGGAGAGGAGGAAAUAUAUGCUGAUAUCUUUGAUGGAUUGUUAUAUAAGGAUUUAUUACAAAGGGGUUUUUUUAAAGAUGAACGGGAUAUUGCACUAUCUGGGACAUUUCAAUGUAUAGAUGGACGAAAAAAUGAACCUUUUAUUUUACACGCACAUUUAUUAACAUGGACGGGGGAUGUUCAAGCGUUAAGCAAAAGCUUAAACCUCUCUGGACACAAUUCGUAUAAAGGUUGUCAUUUUUGUAUGAUAAAAGGGACUUACCACCCAUCAAAUAAACACAUAUACUAUCCAUCAUCUGCUUUUUGCAAUAUAAAAAAUCAUGAUGAAACGAUCAAUAUGGGAAAAUUAAUUGAAAAAAAAACGAAUAAAGAUCGAAAAGAUGAAAUGAUCAGAGAAACAGGAAUUAAAGGGUCCAGUGAAUUGUUAAAAUUACAAACAUUAUUAUUUCCAUGGUCUUUCCCAACAGAUAUAAUGCAUUUAUUCUUCGAGAAUGUGGUACCGUCAAUGUAUGCACAUUGGAGUGGAAAAUUUUUUUAUAACAAUCUAUUAUUGUCUAGUGAUUAUGAGUUAUCAAAAUUACAGUGGAAAAGUAUUGGCAUACAAAUGGAAAAAGUAAAAAAAGAUAUGCCUAUUGAAAUUGGUCGCCCUCCACGUGACAUAUUUAAAUAUCAUAAUGGUUACAAAGCGGUGUAUCUGGAUAAAAGAUAUUUUAAUAAAAAUAAAUUUUACUUUUCGUUACAUAAUAUGCAUCUUCAAGGAUGGGUAAACUUUGUGAAGGCUGUAAAGCUUUGUUUAGAACCUGAAAUAUCUGAAGAACAAAUUGAUGAUGUACAAAUUUUGCUUAAAAAAUUUUCAGAUUAUUAUGAAAGAGAGUAUUAUCAGAACAAUGGCCAACGUUUAGCAGCAUGUAAGAUAAGUUUACAUUACCUCUUACAUGUAGCAAAUUCUAUUAAAUAUUGUGGCCCUAGUUGGACCCAUUGGCAGUUUCCUAUGGAAAGGGUGUGUGGUAUAUUACAACCACUCAUUAAAUCAAAAAUCAAGCCAUAUAGCAACCUUGCAAAUAUGCUUACUUUGUUACAGCAAUUUUAUAUGUUACCAUUUUUUUCUAUCUCAAAAGCUAUUUUCAAAGAAAAACCGCUAAAACAAUGGAGUAAGGAACGGGUCUUUAGUACUGAAGGGUAUGAAGAAGAAUUUUAUUCCCCUUCUACUCAAUAUUCUCUGCUAAGUCAAGAACACAAACAUCUGAUUAAAUUUUACAAAGAAUCAAGCAAUAUAAAUCGUAAUGAUUUAGAAAUGGAGGUUAAUAAUUAUGGUGUAAGAUAUAGAAGAUUAAGAACUUCAGAUGGACAAUAUAUUAGUAGCUGUUGUAUAAAAAGAAAUAAUAAAAUUGCAAGAAAUAAUUAUUGUGAUCAGAUAAGACGCACAAUAGAUAAACUUGCCCACAGACCCAAUGCGCCUCCUCAACUCGUUAUUGUAGAUAUAUAUGGAAUCGUAAAUUAUUAUCUUGUCCAUGAAUUCAACCAUCAGGUUUACAUGUUAGCCUAUGUACAAUUAACAUCAAAAAUUGUAGAAGAUGAAUAUGGAUGUAAACAUUUUACUCAAUUCAGAUCAAAAGAAUUUAUCGAUGUAAGAUAUUUAGAUCAUUGUAUAGGUUUUGCUAAAAUAGAUAAUAGAUAUUAUAUAAUUGAUAAAGAAAAUGCAUUUGAUGACUCUAAUUGGGAAAAUAUUGGGCAUUGAUUUCUUGCAGCAGUUCGCACUUAUAAUAAAACUUUUUAUGUUCUAGUAAAAAACCCGAUAAUUAAGAAUAUUUGUUGUAUAUUGAUUAAUUUCUAAAAAUAGCUAAACACGAAUAAGAUUAUCCCAUUAACUUUAUUUGUAUCUAAAAAUAGUUAAACACGGAUAAGCGAUGAUGAAAUAGAUGAAAUACCUAUUAUAAGCAAAACAUUUCACUGUUUUUUUAUUUUACUUUUCUCUUUUCUGAUAAAAUAUUGGAAUAAAGGAUACAAGAUACAAAACCUUGAAUUUCUGGAAUUAGAAAGUUUUAAUUAACCCUACUUAGAAGAGAAGCUGACUAUAUUACAGGGA